AUGCGGAGGAUCCGGCGGCUGGUGCAUCUGGUGCUGUUCUGCCCGCUCUCCAAGGGCCUGCAGAGUCGCCUCCCGGGCAUCAAGGUGAAAUACCUGCUGGUGGUGUGGCUGGGCAUCUUCGUGGGCAGCUGGGUGGCAUACAUGCAUUACUCGUCCUACUCCGAGCUCUGCCGCGGCCACGUCUGCCGGAUGAUAAUCUGCGACCAGUACAAGAAAGGAAUCAUUUCUGGCUCCACGUGCAAAGACCUGUGUGAGGAGCGCAGCCUCCUCUUCCAGCACUGCCUCUCCUCCUCUCCCACCCAGCAGGUUUACAGCGGGCUCUGGAGGGAGAGGGAGGUGAUCAUCAAAUGCGGCAUCGAAGAAGCCUUGAAGGCAGACAGCCACCCAGACUCUGUGCCCAGGAGGGACGUGGUCCUCUUUGACAAACCAACAAGAGGGACAUCGAUGGAUGAGUUCAAAGAAAUGCUACUGAACUUCCUAAAGUCCAACCUGGGAGAUCAGCCUUCUCUCGCUGCCUUGGUGAGCCGGAUCAUCGCCAUGGCAGAUGUGAACCGGGAUGGGAAAGUGUCUUUAGCAGAGGCCAAAUCCAUCUGGGCGUUACUUCAGCUGAAUGAGUUUCUUCUCAUGCUCUCCCUCCACGAGAAAGAGCACACUUCCAAGCUGCUGGGGCACUGCGGGGACCUCUACGUCACUGAGAAGAUCCCCCACACCUCCCUCUACGGAGUGGAUGUCCCCCCCUUCCUCCAGUCACUGCUGCCUUCAGUCGUCCACCAAAUCAUCCACCAGUGGUUUGCACCAGCCUGGCCCCGGCGGGCAAAGAUCUCCAUCGGCCUUCUGGAGUUCGUGGAGGAGAUAUUCCACGGGACCUACGGGAACUUCUACAUCUGCGAGACCAGCUUUAAAAACGUGGGCUACAACGACAAAUACGACUUCAAAAUGGUCAACCUGAGGAAGGUGGCAACGGAGAUGACAAUCAGAGGUUUCCUCAAGGGACGUCACUGUGAGCAGAACGUGGACUGCACCUACGGGAAGGACUGUAUGGCAACAUGCGACAAACUCAUGAAGCAGUGCAAAAGCGACGUGGUGCAGCCCAACCUGGCGAAGGUCUGCGGGUUGCUGCAGGACUACUUGCUGUACGGAGCACCACCGGAGCUGAAAGAAGAGCUGCAGAAACAGCUCCGAACUUGCAUGACCCUCAGUGGCCUGGCCAGCCAGAUGGAAGUGCACCACUCCCUCGUGCUGAACAACCUCAAGACCUUGCUCUGGAAGAAGAUUUCAAACACCAAAUAUUCCUAACGGGGGAAGCACGGUCCUGGAGUUUAGAAUCUGCAAUCUUGGAGUCAAGUCCAAGGGUUAAAGGCCUGUUUCUCCAUCGUCUCCCCCACAGGACAAAUACACCCUGCACAGGGAGUUCAGCAUAGCUGCAGCCCCUUCUCCUUCAUGGAAAACCAAGCGUCAUGACUUCCACCGCCCAGCAGGAUCAUCGAUACAGUCGGCAAGAGCAUGCUGCGGAGCUGGGACGUCGGGAGCCGGGCUGAACAGGCUUGGGGGAAGAAGAUGACAUGGAAAGCGAAAAGGAAGCGGAGCCCAGCUGGAUGCAUCUAACUGUUCCUUGAUUAAGAGGAAAGCAGUGCAGAGAGAGGAGAAUGAAUCAUUCAUGCUGUACUUGUCACAUCUUCUUUUGAUGAACAUCUCUGAUGUAAAUAAAUAGCUUUUAUGUGAA